AAAAUACAUUGGUUUUAUAAUUUGAAGGCUUUCUGUCGUCUAUUAGAGCGGGAAUUUAUUUGCAAGUUCUGGGAUAAUAACUUCAGGGCGUAUGAUCGUGCUGCGAUUAAGUUCCGUGGGCUUGAUGCUGAUAUCAAUUUCAGCGUAGUUGAUUAUGAAAAAGAACUUAAGCAGAUGAAGAAUUUAACAAAGGAAGAAUUUGUACACAUACUGCGUCGCCAGAGCACUGGGUUUUCUAGAGGAAGUUCGAAGUACAGGGGAGUCACGUUGCACAAAUGUGGCCGUUGGGAAGCUCGAAUGGGACAACUUCUUGGCAAAAAGUAUAUAUAUCUUGGAUUGUUUGACAGUGAGAUAGAAGCUGCAAGGGCAUAUGACAAGGCAGCUAUAAAAUGUAAUCGAAGGGAAGCAGUCACUAAUUUUGAUCCAAGCACAUAUGAAGAGGAGAUUAGCUCUGAGGCCGCUGAUGGAAACCAUAAUCUAGAUCUGAACUUGGGCAUUGCUCCCCCUUGUUCUGCGAGUGGCCAAAAUAGGACCAUUGGUGCUGAUGGCUUCCAAAUUCACUGCACCUCAUAUAGCACCCUGCCAGAAAAUAAAGAAUGGAUGCAUAACUCUGCUCCAGCCACAAUGGAAACAAUAUUGUCACAUGGACAUGUAGAUGUGCUUGACCAUCCUCGCUUCAGGAAGGGAGUGAAUUCCAGUUCUUGUCCCAUUUAUAAGGGGUCAGAAAUAGGGAAGAGUAGGGAACUUAAUUUUUCCGCAAAUUGGGCAUGGCAAACACAGAACCCCAUUCCAAUGAUAAAAAAUACUUUUGCUCUUUAUUUUGCAUAA